UAUCACUAGCACGCAGAGCUCAACUCCUCACAGACCUUCAAACUUUCGCAGCUGAAGUGCGAGACUUACAUCUCUGGCCCUGACCACAACGCGAACGAGCGAAUCCAGAGACGGCCUGCUAUGAGAAUAUGUCCGUAAAUGAGGUGUACGUGUUCCGGCCGUUUAAACUAAUCGCUCUCCUCUGCGUGUUCCUCGCACUUUGCCUGGACGUUGUUGCGCUUUUGAGCCCCGCAUGGGUGACGGCGGAGGGCUAUGCUCUGUCUCUAUGGGAGUCCUGUAGGGAAAUAGAGUCCGGCUGGAACUGCAUUUCCACCCUCAAGUCUGACUGGCAGGUCGCAACGCUGGUGUUGUUAUUAGCAGGGGCGUCUGUGACGUUAGUGGCCUUUCUCAUCGCUGUGAUCUCUCUGUGUAAAGGCACACACAGGAAGCACUAUCGAAUGGUGGCAGUGUUCCUUUUCUCAGCAGUGGUCUUGCAGGCGUGUGCUCUGGUUCUCUACCCAAUCAAAUUCAUUGAUGGCAAAGUCUUGCAAACAUAUCACGAGUUCAACUGGGGCUACGGGCUUGGCUGGGGUGCCACCAUCUUCAUGCUGGGAGGAGGAAUCCUGUUAUGCCUUCGAACAGACAUGUAUGAAGAUGCCAUGUACUGAGAGCUCUACUACAUGACGGUUUUUAUGUCCGUAGACACAACACACGCUGACGCUCAACAUUGUCACAUUAAAUAACAUGAAAGACAUGAUCCUUUGAGAAAGGAACAUUCCCACAGAUAUAUAUAUAUAUAUAUAAUAUUUUCAUAUAUCACAUACUCUGGUAUAGUUCAUACUGUAUCCUAAUAAUUGUGCUUCUGUUACACACUAAAAGUACUUUUCUGCUGAUGGGACACUACAUACUUUUGAGUAUAAUAAGUGACGUUUGUAUCUUGAUAUCAUCCCCAUCUUAAAGGACCCCUUGCGGUUUGUUGUUUGCUUUAGCAUUUAGUUAGAUUCUAUGUAAGGUUCCACCUAAAAAAUCCUUUAGUUUCAGUUGAAUUGCUGUGGCUUGCUUUUUUUCCACAACUUAAACAGUAAAAUGAGGAUCGUUCCAUAUGCCUUCCUCUGUUGCGCAAGGGGUUGUGUGUAAUUUCAGCCUAAAAAGCCUACAUGCACUCUACAAAAAUACAUUAUAGAGACACCUUUGGUACAUUUCUGAUAAAUAGCAGACAAAACAACGCACUUAUUCCGAUUUCGCAUGUUACUUAGUAUGAACGGUAUGCAGAUUGGGAUACAGCCAUUUACGCUUUUAAACACUACACUUAUACUGUUGCACAUGUACAGGGUCAAAGCCUAAAUGUGGCAUGACGGCUGGUGUUACAAGCGACAAGACAGUAUGAUGGGUGAAGAACAGCUGUGUGAACUAGACUGCAAGAAUACUGAGUAUUGGAUGCGUAUAGAAGGAUUCCUGAUGGACUUUUAAAGAGACGACCCUUGACCAUAUCAGCUGUAUAUUCUUGUGCCUCCCGAUUCAGAAAGAAGUAAACUUACUAAUAAAAUGUUCUUGAAGAUUGGUUUUUAAUAUAUAUGAAGAGUUUGGUUCCAACAUGAGAUUACUUCCUUUAUUGUGCAUUCCAAUUAAUAUCAAUCAAACUACAGUUGGUUUGUUUUGAUAAAAGCCAUAAUAACUCCAAAAAUACAGCUUACUAGCACAAUAAAACACAGUAAAAACAUUAUAACAUAAUAAAUCAUAAAUCUCAUUUUGGAACCACACUCCUCAUGUAGUUACAUUCACCAUUUUGUAUGUUUUUGUGUUAAUAGAGGACAUAUCAUCUAAUGUGUUUAUAGCAUCAAAAUGGAAUGUAAUUUUGAAUUGAAAGAAUAUAUGUCGUUGUUUGAUAUUUGCAGUUUUUAAAAUAUAGAUGCUAACUUGGUUUGUUGGGGAACUUUAAUGAAGCUUUAUAGCUCAUACAUAUCAGUUUCUUUCUUCUGGUGUUUAAAAAUAGAAAAUAAAUUUUACUGUUGAAAAAAUGGCUGAUAUGGUUUUUUUGUAUAUUUCUAGCCUCAAUGAAAAUACGGCUUUCAUCCAAAACCUAAUAAGCUGCCUUGCUUUCUUUUUUCUACAUGGGAGGUGUUGUGAACUGAUACGGAACCUCAUAAAUGUCUGAUUUCAA